AUGGUUUUAAUGACUUUGAUAGCUCGUGUGGCUGACGGGCUGAUAAUGGCUGCAUCCAUGCAAGAAUCAGAAGAGGUUGGCAAGACUGCACAACAAUAUCAAAAUCAAGCAAAGAUGUUGUUCAGAAAACUAUCAGAUCAAUCACCGACACGCUGUAGCAUCGAAACUGGUCCUUACGUUUUCCAUUACUUAAUAGACACCGGCGUCUGUUUCAUGGCUCUUUGCGAGAAGACUUUUUCGAAAAGACUAGUAUUUGGAUACUUGAAUGAUUUGCAAGCAGAAUUUAUCAAAUUGUAUGGGUCUGAAAUAAGAAUAGUUUCGAGGCCUUACUGUUUCAUUGAAUUUGAAACAUUUCUACUGAAAACAAAGAAAUCUUAUAUGGAUUCGCGAUCUCAUCGUAAUUUAAAUCAAUUAAAUGAUGACUUACACGAUGUACAAAGAAUUAUGCUGCAAAAUAUUGACGAUAUUUUACAGCGUGGAGAACAGCUAUCAGUUCUGGAUGAUAAAGCUAGCCACUUAUCGAUGCAUUCUCAGAAAUAUAAAAAGGAUGCCAAAUACUUGAAUUUACGGUCAACUUACGCUAAAUAUGCUGUCAUAGGUUUUCUGUUUUUUCUAAUAGUGAUCUACUUAAGGUUUUGGUGGUGGUAA